UUGGAAAAAAAAAAAGUCUUCUCCUUCUCUCUCUUUGAACAAAGAAAAAUUCCACUCCCUCUCUCUCUCUCUCUCUCUACUGCAACACUAAAAUGGCGGCGACCACCAGAAGAAGGACCUGCCCUGGGCCGAGCGGGCCGGUGCUCCGCUCCCUCUCCCCCUCCGGCCGCUUCCACGCGCCGCCGUCCUCCUUCGCCUCCUCCUCCUCCUCCACCUUCGCAUCCCGCUCCUCCGCCGCCACCGCCAACUCCUUCUUCCACAGAUCCGCCUCCCCGACGCGUGUCAACCUCCACUCCUCCGGGCAGCCCUCUCCUUCCAUCCGCUUCGCCCUCGACCGCCCGACCUCGCCGAGCCGGUCGAUCUCCGUCUCGCAGCGCGGCAGCGGGGGCCAGUUCGUCAGGUCGAGCAGCCAGAAGCCGGCGCCGCGGAGGACCUGCAUGUGCUCGCCGACCACGCAUCCCGGCUCGUUCCGCUGCAGCCUGCACAAGAGCUGCGGAUCCCCGAGCGCGAGCGUCGGCUACGCGCCGAACCGGCUGAACGCGAGGAGGUCAGCGAUGACGAACUCGCUGGUGAGGAUCGGCGGCGUCGAGGGCGACCUGGUGAGGAGAGCGCUGGCCGCUCUGAUCAGGCCGUCGUCGCACCAGCAGAGGCGGAGGGCCGCUUUCCAGCCGCGUCCGAGCCGGCUAUCGGUCAUGUCCAAGGCGGAGGAGCACUCGUAAAAGCCCGCGGUGAUUUUUUGAGCUGGUUUUGUCCGAUUUGACUCCGGAUCCACGACUCAGUAGAGCUCGUGACUCAGCACAUCGGAGGAAGGAGAUUCCAACGGCGGCACGCGGCGGCGCAGAUCUGAGCUCCUCGGCAGAUCCGGCGGCGGACGGAGGUUUUUAUGUACUCCGGUGACCGUGACCGCUGCAGAUCCGACGCAGGAGAUUUAAAAACUGAAUAUACGAUUGUGUAUAUAAGGGAAAUUUAUCAAUCAAUACUUCUCUACUAAUUCUAUCAGAUUUUGGAA